GAUGUUGAAGCUCGCCCCGUGGGUGCUCUCGUGCCUUUCGCAAGACCAUUACUAGAAGAGAAGGCGGCCAAGAAGGCCCUCAAGAGUGUGAAAAAGGCUGCCGUCAACAAAUGUCUCAAGCGAGGUGUCAAGGAAGUUGUCAAGGCCCUUAGAAAGUCGCCUAUUCCCGCACCUAACGAAACCGUCUCUAUUCCCAACGGAGUCGUGAUCCUCGCCGCAGAUAUCUCACCAAUGGACGUCAUCUCACACAUUCCCGUUCUCUGCGAGGACCAUGGAAUCCCAUACAUCUUCGUCACAUCCCGAGCGGAACUCGGUAACGCUGCUGCGACGAAGCGCCCCACGAGUGUUACGAUGGUUGUACCCAAGUCUGCGGCAAAGGGC